UAGUUCUUGUUGCAGUUAGAAAUGAGCCAUUUCAGAUGUUAAGCUCUCAAAUUCUCCCUCAUCUUACAUAUUGCACUCGACGAACCCUCUCUCACUCUCUCCGCUUUCAUCGUUCCAUUUCCAGGACAAGGUUUAUUGCAAAGUGCUUGAACGAGGACAUGGGUGUGGACGAUAGUUUGCUUUCCAAUGGUAGAAAGUGUGCCAAUUUUCGAUUAUGCAAAUUGUCAAAUUAUACCUCUGAAAUUCUGGAGAUACAAGCUGAUGAUCCAAGUUUGCAUGUUCUGUUUGUUCCUGGAAACCCAGGUGUUAUUUUAUUCUACAAAGACUUUGUGGAGUUUCUAUAUGAGCUUCUUGGGGGAACUGCAUCGGUAACAGCUAUUGGCCAAGUCUCUCACUCAAGAAAGGAUUGGGAGCAUGGGCGGUUGUUCUCUUUACAAGAACAAAUUGAUCAUAAGAUUGAUUUUAUCAAAGAGGAACUGCAAGAUAUCGAGAUUCCUAUAAUACUGGUUGGGCACUCUAUUGGUUCAUACAUAUCUGUUGAAAUGUUCAAGAAGUCUCUAAAGAAGGUGAAAUAUUGCGUUGGACUUUAUCCAUUUUUGACUUUAAACCCACACUCAAGAGCACAGUUAAUUAUCGCAAAAAUUGCACAAUCCCAAAUUGUAGCUGCUGCUCUUAGCUACCUGACAGCAUCAUUAGGAUUGUUACCAGUCAAUGUUUUGAGGUUUAUUGUCAAAAAAUCCCUUGGGAAGUCAUGGUCUUCCAGUGCAGUUGAGGCUGCAUGCUCUCACUUGUCACAGUACCAUACCAUGCGGAAUGUCCUCUAUAUGGCCAUGACUGAAUUCAAAGAGUUAGCGGAGACACCAGAUUGGACAUUUUUACGAGAAAGGAAGGAUCAGUGUGCGUUUUUAUUUGGUGUUGAUGAUCAUUGGGGUCCACUUCAAUUGCUUGAAGAGAUCUCAAAGCAGGUUCCAGGAAUUUCCUUAUUUAUUGAGCGAGAAAACCACACUCAUGGUUUCUGUUGUACGGAGGCUGGUUCGUUGUGGGUGGCUGAGCAUGUGGCAAACUUAAUUAAGAAUCAUAUGGUAUCUACAAACCAAUGAAGUGUAGCUCUUUGGCUAUUAGCUUGUACAAUAGAUUUCAAAGCAGGUUCCAGGUAACAGGCAUUGCCAUAUCAUUGAACGAGAAAACUACACCCGUGGUUCUGUUGAACUGAGUCUGGGUUCAUCAAGAAUCCAGUAGUAUAUACCACCAAAUAAGGUCUGAAUCUUUUACUAUUAUUGGCCUGUGUUAUGUGUGUUUUUUAAGUCGAUCAUCGAAAGGAUUAAAACGUUGCUAAAUCUGAAAUAUUUACAGCUUAAAAAAACCGAGUUACAUUUCUUUAUCAAUGUUACUACGUACUAGUGCAUUUGUUUCUCAAAAUUUUAUCACAGGCUGAUCGAAUGUUGGUGAAAAUCAAAUGAAAAAUCAAUGGAUAAAUUUUAACUUAAGUAUGUUGGUGGAAUUUGCCAUUCUUUGAUUACUGUUACUGUGGGAAUAUUUUUGCUUGUAGAUUCUUGUGCUCCUUACUAUCUUUUACUUUAGAAUUUAUUGUUAGUGUUAUAGUUUGCACCAAAAUACUAAUUUGAUAAAUGUAUUAGAUAAAAUAAUGAGACGACAAGUAACCAAAUAUGUACGACAAGUAACCAAAAUUGGUGAUGAAGAUAAGCAAAAUCACGAGUGUCUUUGAGAAAGCUUAAUCUAAAUAAGCUUGUAUCGCGUGACUACAUGUGAUUGAUCAAGCAAAAUGUUUUUCAUUACCUUUUCUUUAUUUUAAUAGUAGAUUAGUAGGACAAGAUUCCUUUCUAAUGCCAAAUAUCUGCAGGUAUGCUUGGGCUAUAGUGUGUCGCAAACUCUAGUGCUUUUAAAGGGGUAAACAAUUAUUUAGGCCAUGAAUGCAAUUAUGAUUUAUUUGGGAGUUUGAGGAGGAGGAUAAGAUUUUUGAAAAAAAGAAAGAGAGAAUAGAGUAGAAAGAGUAAGAGAUUUCAG